GAAAUAUGCUCUGAAAAAAAAUUUAUUAAUUGCAAAGAUUUUUCUGACGAAGAUCAGAUUACUCUGAAUUCUAGAAGUGGUACAGAUGUUAGUUUUAUUUGCUCUCAACAUGACAAACAGUAUCGUAUCAAAUAUACUUCAAAUCAAAAAUCUUGUGCUGAUCCCUUUAAACUUCAUGACAGUAUAGUUCGUAAAUCUUUGAGACCAGUCAGUUUAAAAUUGUUCGAACAGUGUAAGAUUAGGUUACCUUCCAUUAUACCGGGAAGUAAACUAUGCAUUUCGUGUACUAAAAGAGUCUAUAGUGAAUUACCAGAACAUCAAAAUGAAGUUGAAAUAUUUGAAAAAACUGUGAAUGUCGAAGAAAGUCAACUAGUUGAGAGUGUCUCUGAAGAUUCCGUUUCCAAAUCAUCAAAACCAUCCGAAACACCUGACCAAGUAGGAACUCCAAUAUUAAUUCAAAGCCUGGUGGACGAAAAAAUGUCCUCUAAUUUAUCUGAGAACUUGCAGUUGUCAAAUGUGACAACUUCAACAUCUGAAAUGUGCAGCUCAACCGGUGAAACUUUUACACCUACUGAAAUACAUCUAGAUCGCCUUAAUUCUAUUGCCAAAAUUUUUAAUUUAUCUCCUGUAAAAAAAAUAGAUUUAGAUCGAUCAAAAACAUACGCUCAACGGAAAUAUCAUGAGAUGACAUCGAAACUGCAAUCAUGCUUUGAACAUCUUAUGGAAAAUGAUUCUGACACAAUUAAAAAUAAACAAUUGAACAUUGACGAUACUCCUGAAUUAACCGGAAAAGAAAUAAUAAAUCAGCUAAAAGAAAAAUUUAAUAACUGCAGCAAAGUGAGUGAAAAAUUACAGAUUUUAUCUGUUUUGCCUUUAAGUUGGUCAACAGAAAAAAUUGUUGAUGUUUUUGAAGCAUCUACAUACAUGGUGAAAAAAGUAAAACAAAAAGUCAGUGAAGAUGGCAUUCUAUUCACUCCACAAAGAAACAAAGGUCAUUCAUUAUUAAAAACUACUGAAGAGAAAAUUCAACAAUUUUAUCGAAAUCAAGAUGUAAGUAGAGAGUUACCAGGUAAAAAAGAAUUUAAAUCUGUUCAUGAGAAUGGUCAACGGGUUCCAAAACAAAAACGGCUGAUUUUGGGUAAUUUAAAUGAAAUUUAUCAAUUGUUCAAGCAGAAAUACCCAUUUGAAAAAGUCAGUUUUUCAAAAUUUGCUAGUCUGAGACCCCCUGAAUGUGUUCUAGCAGGUUCAUCUGGCACUCACGUAGUUUGUGUCUGUCUCAUUCACGAAAAUUUUAAACUGUCAUUUCAUGGUGCAAAACUUGACAAAUUAAAAUGUAGCGAUGAAAGUCAACCGUUUUCUUCAUAUCGAGAUUGCUUGAAAAUGGUUAUUUGUCCUCGGCCUACGAGUGACUGCUAUUUGGGAACCUGUAGUAACUGUCCUGGCUCGACCAAAUUAAGAAGAACGAUCGAAAAUAUUUGCAAUGAUAACUUUGUAGAUGAAAUAACGUAUAAACAAUGGACUCAAGUAGAUCGAUGUUCUUUGGAAACGAUUGUGAAAUCAACUGAUGAUUUCGUUGAUAAUUUGGUAGAAUCUAUUCCAAAAUUCCUUCAGCAUGAUUUUAUUGCUCGUCAACAGGCUGAAUUUUUUCAAACUACGAAAAAUAAUCUCGAAGUUGGACAAGUACUUGUUGUUGCUGACUUCUCAGAAAAUUACUCAUUUUUACUUCAAAACAGUGUCCAAGGAGCUUAUUGGAAUAAUAGUCAAGCGACAAUCCAUCCAUUUGCUUGCUAUUAUAGAUCCAUUGAUGAAAAUGUCGACAAUAUAGUACCUCUAAAUUUGAUAAUCAUUUCAGACAACUUGACGCAUAAUACAACAGCAGUUUAUAGUUUCCAGGAAGUACUGACAUCGUUUCUGAAAAAUAAAAUCCCAGACAUUUCUAAAAUAAUUUAUUUUUCGGAUGGUGCAGCAUCUCAAUAUAAAAAUCGGUACAAUUUGCUGAACUUGCUGCAUCAUGAGGAAGAUUUUCAAAUACCAGCGGAAUGGCAUUAUUUUGCAACUUCACAUGGAAAAGGUCCAAGUGAUGGUUUAGGCGGAACAUUAAAACGGAAGGUUGACAGAGCCAACCUCCAAUCUAAAGCUGACGACCAAAUUCAAACACCUGAUGAGCUAUUCCAAUGGGCAAAAGAAAAUGUUCACGGAAUCAAUUGUGACUUUGUUUCAAAUGAGCAGAUUCAGCGUACUCAAAAAAAACUUAACCAGAGAUUUAAAAAUGCUCUGCCAGUACAAGGAAUCCGAAAUUGUCAUGCCGCUAUUCCCAUUUCAAGUGAUGUGAUGAGAGUAAAAACCUCAUCCUCAUCUGAGGAAGGAAAGGAUUUCCGGUUAAAAAAUACAGAUAUCUACGAGUUCGUUGAAGAACCAUAUAUUAAAAGCAGGUUAAGAAAAAGAAAAGGAGCAACAACAGUAACUGAAGAAUUGAAGAAAAAAAAUUUUUCGUAACAGAAUGUCAAGUAAACUUACACGUAAAAAGCCCUAUUAAAUAAAUUAAUAACCAAUAAUAAACAAAUAUCAUUAA